UUGAGCCUCACCGGCCUCGUGCAGCAGCGUGUCCUCUAGAAAUUUCGUCAGUGUGUCAUGAGCGGCGAGUGAGGAGGUGUGAAUAGAGUAAGGUUGAGCAGUGUGCUUUGGGAAGUGUCCUCAGCAACACGUCUGUCCGUAGCCUCUCUCCCAGACUCUGCAGCGACCACUCCUGGGGUAGAAUCAGGCACGAGGAAAGAUGUCGGUGAUUGGCAUUGACUUCGGGACAGACGGGUGUUACAUCGCCGUGGCCAGACAGGGCGGCAUUGAGACCAUUGCCAAUGAUUACAGUCUGCGCUCCACCCCGUCAUGUGUUGCCUUUGGGGAGAAGAAUCGUAUCCUUGGUGUGGCGGCCAAGAACCAGAUGACCACAAACAUGAAGAACACCCUCCAUGGCUUCAAGAGGUUAUUGGGCCGUCACUUCAGAGAUCCGAAAAUCCAAAAUGAGGUGUCCAUCUUACCAUACCGAACCGUAGAGUUGCCGGACAGAGGCGUUGGCAUUGUGGUGCGCUACCUUAAUGAGGAGCACACCUUCACACCAGUCCAGGUGACUGCCAUGCUCUUCACCAAGCUCAAGCACACGGCAGAACAAGCUCUCGGCAUUAAGGUCAACGAUGUGGUGAUUGGGGUACCUGUCUACUUCACGGAUGCAGAACGAAGGGCUCUACUGGAUGCAGCCGUCACUUCUGGCCUCAAUGUGCUCCGCCUUCUCAAUGAGACCACUGCUGUUGCCCUCUGCUAUGGUAUUUAUAAGCAGGACCUCCCAGCACCAGAGGAGAAGCCCAGGAAUGUGGUGUUUGUGGACUGUGGUGCUGCCAAUAUUCAGGUCUGUGCUGUAGCAUUCAACAAAGGGAAGCUCAAGAUGUUGGCCACAGCAGCUGACUCUAACCUUGGAGGAAGGGACUUUGAUCGCCUCAUGGCCCAACAUUUCUCCACUGAAUUUAAAUCUAGAUACAAGAUUGAUGCCUCCAGCAACCCUCGGGCUUGGGUGCGCUUGUGCUCUGAGGUGGAGAAGUUGAAGAAACAGAUGUCGGCCAAUUCUACAGAUCUUCCAAUCAACAUUGAGUGCUUCAUGGAUGACAAAGAUGUUAGUGGCAAACUCAACAGAGCCAGCAUGGAGGAGAUGAGUUCCCACUUGCUAAAGCGUGUUGAGACCACCCUGCAGCAGUGUCUCUCCGACUCCAAUCUUAAAGUGGAUGACAUCACCAGUGUAGAGAUUGUCGGAGGCUCCACCCGCAUUCCUGCCAUCAAGCAUCUCAUGGAAAAGGUGUUCAAGAAGGUUCCCUCCACCACCCUCAACCAGGAUGAGGCUGUGGCCAGGGGCUGUGCUCUCCAGUGUGCUAUGCUGUCCCCAGCCUUCAAGGUUCGGGAGUUUUCCAUAACAGAUGUGCAGCCGUACAGCAUCCAGCUGGUGUGGCAAGAUGAGUCAGGACAGGAGGCAGAUAUGGAGGUCUUCCCCAAGAACCAUCAGGUACCAUUCUCAAAGAUGUUGACCUUCUUCAGGAGGGAGCCCUUCACCCUCCAGGCCCAGUACACCCAGCCAUCCAUUUUCCCUGACCCUAUCAUUGGUCACUACACCAUUGAGAAUGUCAACCCUGGGCCUGAAGGAGAGUGCCAGAAGGUUAAGGUGAAGGUACGAGUCAACCUUCAUGGACUGUUUACCAUUGCCUCAGCCUCCCUCACAGAGAAGAAGGAAACUGUGGAAGAGCCCCCAGAGACCAUGGAAACAGAAGAGAAGACAGACAAGGCUCCUGCCGCUGAUGGACCUAAUGACUCCCAGGAGGCGCCAUCCGAGAACCAGGCCCCACCUGAGGAGGGUGGCCAGCAAGAAAAGAUGGACACAGAAAAGGCCCCAGAAACACCACAGCCAGCAAAGAAUGAAGGUGGAGAGAAGAAAGGAAAGAAGUGCCUCAAGACAGUGGACCUGCCAGUGAAGGAAGUGGUGAAGGCUCACACUCCCAAUGAUCUUAACAUUCUGGUGGAGCGGGAGGCCCAGAUGGUGCAGGCAGACAAACUAGAAAAUGAGAGAAUUAAUGCUAAGAAUGCUGUAGAGGAAUAUGUGUAUGACAUACGAGGAAAGAUCCACGAUGAACUAGAAAAAUAUAUUAGUGAUGCUGACAGAGAUAAGUUGAGUAUCCAGCUUGAGGACACAGAAAACUGGCUGUAUGAAGAGGGUGAGGACUGCAAGAAACAAAUCUACUUGGACAAACUUGCAGAUUUAAAGAAACAAGGAGAGCCCAUUAAGACCAGGAAACGAGAGCGCGACGAUCUUCCCAGAGCAUUUGAGGUUCUGUCAGGUUCAGUCCAGUUGAUGCGUAAGGCUGUUGACCUUUUCAAGCAGGGAGAUGAAAAGUACAACCAUCUUGAGGCUGCGCAGGUGGAGAAGGUUGAAAAGGCCAUUGAAGAGAAACAAGACUGGGUAGACAAGCACCUUGGCCUUGUAAGCUCCACUCCCCUUCAUGCUGACUUGCCUGUCACUGCAUCACAGGUCAUGUCAGAGAAGGGCACCUUUGAGGCCCUAGUCAAUCCUAUAAUGAAUAAGCCCAAACCUAAGCCCAAGGUUGAGGAGCCUCCACCUGCAGACAAGGAGGGAGGUAAAAAGGCUGAGGGAGAGCAGUCUAAUGGCCCCAAGGUAGAUGAAGAGCAGCAGCAACAACAGCAACAGCAGCAGACCCCAAAAGAUCCAACGGAACCCAUGGAUGUGGACUAGACCUCCAGCCUAGCAAUCUCACCUCUUGUCAGAACAGCUUCAUCACCAAUCCUUAAUAAACUUGGUAGCCCUUGAAGGAUGUGAAUUUUUUUUUCAUUUGAAUGACUUGCAUCUCAGUUGUGGUGCCACAGAGGCGAAAUGAAUGGAACAGUGCUUGGCUGCACCCCAGAACAAGGCACUACUGAUACUCAAAUAUUUUUGGAAAGGAAACCCAUUUUGAGGUCCACCAAAUCUAGUAGGGUCGGUGAGUUUUAUGUUUUGUCCGUGUUGUCAGGCAACGGGUGAUUUUAUUUAUUUAUUUAUUUUUUAUACUGACAGUUCCAUAUUUCAAGAAGCUUGUGACCAGAUAGUACAGCACAGGGUAAUCAUAUCACAGACUUAUGAUGUGAUGGUGUGUUGAGGAGCAGGUGAUGUACUGUGCCCCUUCUAAUGAAUUAUUAAAUGAAUAGUGUUUAGUUUUGAGUCUAGAUGGAGCACUUUACUGUUAAAACUGAUUGCAAAGCAGUUCUUUACAGCAUAGGAAGCAUUAAUAUUUACUGUAAAUAACCAGACCUUCUGCUAAGUAGAUCUCAACUUCAUAUUGAAGUUUUUGAGUUGUACAACAAUUUUUCAUCAUUUAUUAUUAGCUUCAAGCUUUAGUUUGAUGAGGCUGGGUGAGGAGUGGAGCCAGAUUGUCUUUUAUUACCAACACUGAUCGGUGGAUACAUUAUUAAUUUGAGUUACAUGAAUUAUUACAGGAUCAUGUGAUAAGAAAAUGUCUUUAGUUUGUUGAGGCAAUUUGCUGUGCUGUUGGUGUGGCCUAGCUAGCUUGUUUGCGGCUGUACCUCUUGCACUACAACUGCAAUCAUUCCACUGUAUCUGCUUCUGUUGUUUGCUGAAUGUCUGAGUAUUAAGAUUAAUUUAAGUUUGCAAA